CCUGCGUCUGAAAGGGGAGGACAUUCCGUGUUGCACCAGUGUUAUGUAUGUUUCUUCCGGUCCUGUUAGGUAACCUGUGUGUGGUUCUCUGGUUCUCUGGUUCUCUGGUUCUCUGGUUCUCUGAGUGACAGCAGAGUUCUUCUUCUUUAAAGGUGAGUUUGUCUCAGGUGUGGACUGACUGUCUUCAGGUACGAGCCAUGCUGCUCCCCCUCCUGCUGCGUCCGUCCCUCUGCUGCCCUCAGGCCUCCGUGUUGUUAUCGCGAUGUGUCCGGACGCUCCGGUGCGACGCCUCGCGGACGCUGCUGCACUCCCAGGCUGAGCACUUCCUGCGACGGCGGCUCCCCCCGCGCCUCCACGCGCAGAGCCGAGGCGCCAAGAGCCGAGGCAGGAAGUCCAAGAGCCAGGAGGAGGAGUGGAAAUCCCGGAACAAGACGGUGCUGACGUACAUCGCCGCCGCCGGGGUGGGGAUGAUCGGUCUGUCGUACGCCUCGGUGCCGCUCUACAGGCUGUACUGCCAGGCGUCGGGGCUCGGCGGCGCGGCGGUGGCGGGCCACGACACAGAGCAGGUGGAGACGAUGAAGCCGGUGAAGGAACGCAUCCUGAAGAUCUCCUUCAACGCGGAUACGCACGCCAGCCUGCAGUGGAACUUCAGACCGCAGCAGAGCGAGAUCUAUGUGGUUCCGGGUGAGACGGCGUUGGCUUUCUACAGAGCAAAGAACCCCACGAAUAAACCCAUCAUCGGCAUCUCCACCUACAACGUGGUGCCCUUCGACGCGGGCCAGUACUUCAACAAGAUCCAGUGUUUCUGCUUCGAGGAGCAGCGUCUGAACCCUCACGAGGAGGUGGACAUGCCCGUCUUCUUCUACAUCGACCCGGAGUUCGACGAGGACCCCCGGAUGGCCCGCGUGGACACCAUCACCCUGUCCUACACCUUCUUCGAGGCCAAGGAGGGUCAGACGCUCCCGCUGCCCGGAUACAGCUACAACUGAUCCGUCUGCAGCCGGAGGAUCCACCGAGUACUGGACCAGGACCCGGAUUCUGGUUCAGAGCUCAGUCCGAAGCAAAAUCACAAUCCAAGACUCUCUGCUUUUAUUCUGGAAAUCUGACUUUUACACUGAAAAUCCAAACAGGAAAAAGAUCCACCAUAAGAGAUUCAGGAAAAUAAAUUAUUAUAUUAUUAUUAUUAUUAUUAUUAUUAUUAUUAUUAUUAUUAUUUAUUAUUAUUAAUGAUAAUAAUAAUAAAUAUUAUAUAUUAAUAAUAAUAAAAUAUUUACAGAUUUUGAGAAUUAAGUCAAAAUAUUUCAAGAUAAGCAAGAUUAUAAUAUUUUUCAAAAGAAAAAUCAGAGAUUUGAAUACGAGGUGAGAGCAGUCAGAUAAGCACCUUAUUAUUAUUAUUAUU